AUGGAUGUCAAUCGUGAUAGUAAGUUAUUUUAUAAUUAUAUAUUAACAAUUAAUAUUUAUUUAGAUUUUUAUAAUGUUUUACCUGAAAUUUUUAAUGAUAUAAAUAAUGCUGAUUAUGUAGCAAUUGAUGGUGAAUUUACUGGAGUAAUAGCAUGGCAUAAAAUGAAAUAUUUUGAUACACCAGCUGAACGAUAUAAACGUCAUUAUGAAUGUGAUCGGCAUUAUUUAAUGGUUCAAAUUGGACUUGCAAUGAUCCGAUGUAUAAAUCCAGCAGAAAAUCAAUAUACAUUAAGAGCUUAUAAUUUCUAUGUAUUUCCUGAAGGUUCAACAAAUACAUUUGAUUUUCAAUCGAAAAGUUCAUCAUUACAAUUUCUAGCUGCUCAUCGUUUUGAUUUUGCUCAAUUAUUUCAAAAAGGCAAAUUAUAUAAAUGGUGUUCACAAUACAAAUAUAUUUCUGUUUUUUUAGGAAUUCCUUUUGUGCGUAAAACAACAUAUUUUAAAAAAUUAAAAAAUUCACAAUUCUCAUCAUCAUGUCUGUCUAAUAGUGGUCAGACAUCGAGUGAAAACAAUAACAAUGAAAGAAAAUCUGAAGUCCUGGCGGAUUCAUCAAAACCAUCGGCAUCCAAUGAUUUGUCAAAUAACGAAACCUUGAAUGUUUCUGUGGCUGGAUUUUCAGCAGUUAUUUGGAAACUACAAGCAUCCAAUAUGAUCUCUAAUACAGCAUUAAAUGCUCUGUAUAAAAUAGUUUGUGAACCAUCAUUUCCACAAUGCCGUUUUGAAACUGUUGAAAAUUUCCAAUAUGCAUCUGGUGAAUAUGAACAUACGGCUGGUUAUGAUGCUACUUGUACAGCUGUUUGUAUGGCUAAAAUGAUGGCAUAUAUUGCUGAAAAAACUGAUUUUAAACAAAAUCCAAUUGAGCAUGCCUCAAUUAAUAUAUUUACUGGAAAAGUAUUUCAUAUGCGUUCAUUUGAUAUUGUCUAUUCUGAUAUGCUUAAUGAUGAUCACUUACCUGAUCGAUCUUGUGUUUUCUAUGUAACUCAUCCUAAAACAUGGUCAACAACAAAUAUACGUGAAUUUUUUUCUCAAUGGAAUCUAUGUGCUUAUGAUCAAUUGGAUUCAAUCACACAUAUUAUUGCAGUAUCGUUAGAAAACGAUACAAUGGAGACAAUGUUAACAAAGAUGCGUACCAAUGAUAGAAAUUUAAUAAUUACUUCCUAUGCAGUAUACAAUGAUCUUGAUACUUCGAAUAGACAAAUCAUGUCACACGAUCAUCUUUUUCAUUUUGAUUUAAACAAAAGAAAAUCUAAUAAACGAACUUAUGAUGAUCAAAUUGGAGUUACAUCAAAUCAAAAAGUUACAACAAUAGCAAAUUCUAUGAAUAUUUCUUCUGAUCCAACAACAACCCCCCCUUCAAAGACAAUGACGAGUAAUAAGGAUCUCUCAUUUGACAGUAAAAUGAAUGAAACAACUGAGCCAAAAGAGCAAACAACAGUAGUUAAAAGAAUUAAAUUGGUUGAAGAUGAAGAUGAAGAUGACUGGUAA